AUGUUGUUCAUAAUCAUAUAUGAUGAGCAUGGUGGGUUCUUUGAUCAUGUCCCGACUCCAGUCACCGGAGUUCCUAGUCCCGACGGUAUUGUGGGGCCGGAGCCAUAUAAUUUUCAGUUUGAUCGGUUAGGGGUUAGGGUUCCGGCCAUCAUUAUCUCUCCAUGGAUUGAGAAAGGAACAGUGUUACAUGGACCUUCGGGGCCAUACCCUACAUCAGAAUUUGAACAUUCCUCAAUUCCUGCAACUGUAAAGAAGAUCUUCAAUUUGCCAGAGUUUUUAACAAAGCGUGAUGCAUGGGCUGGCACUUUUGAGGAUGUGUUGAGUAGAAAUAGCCCAAGAACAGACUGUCCAGCAACAUUGCCGGAACCUGUGAAAUUCCGGGAAGCCGAGGCGGACGGAAACAGUAAGCUGAGUGAAUUUCAAGGAGAGAUGAUACAAAUGGCUGCAACAUUGUGUGGAGACCAUAGGAAGGACAUUUACCCAGACAAACUGGUGGAGAACAUGACUGUUUCUGAGGCUGUUGAGUAUCUUAACAAUGCAUUCAAGAAAUUCACAGAUGAAUGCGAGAAAGCUAAGGCAAAUGGUGCAGAUGAGUCAAGCAUUUGUGUUCCAAAAGAUGAUGAACCUGAUCAUGUGCCUCCUCCUGCAAAGUCCAAGUCCAUUGCUUCCAAGUUCUUCUCUUGUCUAGCUUGUGAUCAUCAUUGAUUAAAUCUACAAAUUUCUAUUUUUAUUUUCUUGGUAUUUCAACGCUAUCUAUUCUAAAUCAAGAUAAACGAGAAGGGUUGUAUUAGGUACUAGACAAUCUACGUAAAAUUUUGUCGAAUUCACUAUACACUACAAGAAAUUUGUCAUUUAAC